AUGGGCAGCCUUCCAGAAUUUUCGGUGAAGCCGCUUCCAAAAUCGUCCAUCUCGGACGUUGACUUUGGAGCUGAAGUAACGGGAGUCAGCGUUGAGAACCUCACAGAUGAUGCAUUUGCUUUCCUUCGCACCGCUCUUUACACGCACAACGUCGUCCUCAUCAAAGGGCAGAAGAACCUUUCCCCGAAAGCUCAAUACGAGCUGACUCGCCGCUUCGACCCUGCCGCCGACACAUACAGCCAUGGGAAAUCAAUCGACAAGCGCAGCAUCCUCCACGCCGAUCUCAAAACCAUCCCGCACCAGCCCCAAGUCCAGGUCAUCGGCAGCGGGUUUGUCAAAUCGUACGAAGGCCUGGAAGAUAUCACCCUCGUUCAUCCCCACCACCGGAAGUUCCACCGUGACCCCAUUCCCGAGGAGGAAGAUCACGAUUACACCCACUUCUACCGCUGGCACAUUGAUUCGGCGAUGUAUGAGCUCGAUCCCCCAAGGGUCACUUCAUUAGCCGCAGUCCAAGUACCGCAAGGGCGCCGCCAGAUCUGCAGGUACGACGAUGGAUCUGGGGAGGAGCUCGAUGUUCCACUUGGGACCACCGCAUUCAUUAGCGGAUACAGGAUGUACGAUCUGCUCUCGGAAGAGGAUAAGGAGUUCGUCCGCACGAGCGAGGUCGAGUACGGUGCGCAUCCGUACAUUUGGAUGAGUGAAGCCCGGUCCCGCUCCAACGGCCUGGGGUUAUUUUCUGAGGGACGUGAAAUUCCGGACGAUCGACUUCCUCCAGUGGAUCCCUCGAAAAUUCGGCGGUAUCCAAUGGUGUGGAAGAAUCCGCUUACAGGGAAGCUCGCAUUGAUGGUGUACCCAACGCCUGCGCGGAGGAUCUGGCGCAAGGAUAGUUCCGUGAUUGAAGAUUUAGAGACGGUGAGGAGCAUUGUGUACAGGUUGCAGAGGCCGGGUAUAAGUCCGAGAUUGGUCUAUCCACAUGACUGGGAGGAGGGCGACCUGAUCCUCUUUAAUAAUCAUGGCGUGAUGCACUCAAUCGUCGGUUCUUUCACGGAGGGUGAGGUUAGGAUUUUUAAGCAGUGCAACAUGGCUGCAAGCAGUGCUCCUAUUGGGGCCGAUUCAUAG